GUCUACGACAAAGUGGGCGACUAUUUCGGGGAGAUUGCGCUGCUCACGUCGCAGCCGCGAAAGGCCACAGUGCGCGCGGGAGGACAGAACGGUUGCAAGGUGAUGUCGCUGUCGAAGGAGAACUUCGACCUCUUGCUCGGACCCAUUAGCGCAAUAUUGAAGAAGGAAAAGGAUCAAUACCCGCAAUACGCAGACUUCUUGAGAAUUGCUGCGUCGAAGCAGUCGCCCAGCGCGACCAAGAGAGUGCUCAUUGUGGCGACGUCUGCCGACAAGCUGGAGGACAAGACCACGGGCGUGUGGAGCGAAGAAUGCACCGGCCCGUACUACCACUUUGUCGACAACGGUUGUGCAGUUGUCAUCUGCUCCAUCGCCGGCGGCGACAUCCCCGUGGACCCGGGCUCCCUGGCCGACGGCUUCAAGACCGACAACGACAGGCGGAUGGAGGAAGAAGGCUGGGCGCCCAUGAGAGGCACGCCGAAGCUCGAGGAUCAGGACGUGGACGCCUUCGACAUUGUCUUCUUCAGCGGUGGGCAUGGCACGUGCGUGGACUUCCCCACCUCCGAGGUGGCUGCUGUCGUUCAGACGGCGAUGGAGAAGGGCAAGAUUGUGGCGGCGGUAUGUCAUGGACCUAUGGCUCUGGUCGAAGCAACAGUCCGUGGAGAGGGCGAAAGCGUACAGCCUCUAGUGCAAGGCAAGAAGGUCGCUUGCUUUACAGACAAGGAAGAAGAGAUGGUGGGCCUGACAAGCCAGGUGCCUUUUCUGCUGGAGUCCAAGCUGAAGGACCUUGGGGCCACCGUCAUGACUGGCGAUCCCUGGACGGACCAGGCCGUCAGAGAUGGCAACCUUGUGACGGGGCAGAAUCCUCAGAGUUCGGUAUCAUGUGCAAAGCUCUGUUUGGCAUAA